GUGCAGAAGAGAUGACGCCUUCUGAGAUUUUCCUUGCAGCCUCAUCGCUCAGGCCAGCUGCGACGAACGAGGAGGAGUCCAGUGUCUCCAGCCUUCAGAAGUUUGCCGAAGUGGCGGCUUCUGAGCUUCCCCCUGGGCGCCUUGCAAGACCUGGCGUCCUAGCGCGAGACCUGCUGCAGGCUGUCCUAGAUGCUGCUGCAGCCUGCGGGAUCUCAGUUGAUGAAAGUACUAUGUUGGAGGGCGAGACCGCUGGCCCCUUGUACGGGUCCGCAGAGCAAGGUGUUUCAGUAAGUGCUGUGAAUGGUUCUGGAAAUGUGGUUUUCAGUGCAAGUGAUGGUGCAGAGCCGUCUUCUGUUUUCGUUGCACCGGCCGUGGACGGAGCUGGCAAGACGGAGCUGGUCGUCAAGGUGGCCAUUGAGAUGCAGGAGUUUCAUAGACAACGUGAGGCUCUAGAGGCUGAGAAUGUGAAGUUGAAGGCGUUGGUUGAGCAGUUUGUUCAUUCCACCCAGCAUCUGGAUUGCGACCAGAUGAAGACCCUCUUCGACAACCUAGUGAAGGAAGGCGCCUGGGUGAUGGUUUUGAAGUUCAGGGUGGUUCAGGAAGACUGUUGGGUUCUCCUCCUAGUCUUCGAGAAGGUCCUGGUGUAUUUGGGGGCAAUCUUGCUGGUCAGUAUGGAGGUCGAAGCCAUGAAGGCAGCAAUCCUCUUGGAGUCCCAGAGGGCCGAGAUUCAGGCUUCAGGGCCGGCACCAGUGAACCUCCGGUUGAUGUGGGGCGGGAUGACGCAGCUCCAGACUGCGAUGAAGGAGUCUUUGAGUUUGAAGGCCAGGGAGCCUGAGAUCGUGAAGCCUGGUGCCAUAGAUCUACCUAAGCUACCGGAAGUCUCUUCGAACUCAGCCAUUGACAUUGGCGACUGGCUCCAUGGUAUCCAGAACUAUAUGGGGGACCUCUCCAAUGCCAGUGGGUUGUGGUGGCGUGAGAUUAUGACAUGCCUCAAGGCCUACUACGAGGCGUACACUCGAGCCUCCCAUGUUGGGAAGCUUUCUUUGCGUCCUGAGGACUAUGAGUCGGCUGAGCUCAAGGACCAGAGAUGGGCACGUGUGGACAAGCGGGCAGCGGCCAUGCUGAUGGCAAGCUUCUCCGAUUCAGUGAAGGAGGAGCUUUUGGCCUCUCGUUUGAACGGCACCUUGGCCAUUCUUGCAAGGGUGGUGGUGCUUUACCGUCCAGGCUCGGUGGUGGAGAGGCAACAGGUCCUGGCUUCUUUGGAAUCACCCCCGCCUGCGGCGAAUGCCAAUGAGGCCGUGGCUUCCUUGAGAAAGUGGGGAAGGUGGAUGUCUCGUGCCACGGAUAUGGGGCUACAGAGGCCGGAUCCAAGCGUUCUUUUGCGAGGAUUUGAUGGCUUGACAAAAAGGCCGCUGCUGGAUCACCAGGACAUCAGUUUCCGCAUCAGCAUGCUCAGGUAUACGCUGGAGGUGGAUACAAGGCCAACUGAGAAGGGGGUAUGGGAUCUCCAUAACGCCCUUGUGUCCGAAUUUGAGCAGGUGUUUUAUAGAGGAGGUCCUCCAAGUAGCUCGGGCACUCCCUUUGUGAAGGCAAUCGAUGGCACCGGAAUGCCUGCAGGUACCAAACCGGCUGGAGAACCUAGCCCUGGUGGUUCGCCAUCUCCAAAGGCGAAGGCCAAGGCAGGAGAAGCAAGGAAGAUGUUGGACUUGUGGCAGCCGGCAACAUCAGCAAUCUGGGUGUCCAGUCAAAGGGGACGGAACAAGUCCCACUGCCAAGGCCAAUGCAAAGGCGGGUGCUGCCAAGUCCUCCGCGUUAACCUCAGCAACAACACCUGUGCCACCCAAGGCUGCGUGGAAGUUCCGGACUCCGACUUGAAGAAUCUCCUGCAAGAGGCCAAUGCUAUGUUGAAGGAGAUGCGGCAGUUAAAGAUGUUGUCCUUGCGUUCAACAGAGGUUGAGAACAUGGCGAGUUUUCACCAUUGUAAUCAUCAAGAUGGCCGAAGUGGGCUUUUGGACUCAGGUGCAUCGCGUGCCUUUCGAGUGGCCAGAGACGAAGAGGUUGAGACCGCCGCCAAGGUUAAGGUCCAGCUGGCCAAUGGUGCUGAGGUCACUUUGGCGCAAAACCGUGGUGGAACGCUGCUGGCGACUUCGGCCACUUCUGGUGAGGCUGCCCCUAUAGUUCCUCUUGGCUCACUUGUCCAAGAUCUUGGAUGUGAUCUGACUUGGACUAGGCGCAGAGGCCUCGAGAUUAAGCAUCCCAGCCAUGGGGUCAUCAAGCCGCGUGUGGUUGGAAAAUGUCCGUUGGUUGGUGAGGCCUGCGCCUUGGAUCUGAUCCGAGAGUUGGAGGAACUGAACGUGGCAGACCUUGAAAUGGCAACCUCACCCACUGCCAAUGCUAUAUGGUCUUGGGACUACGAGCAGGACUGGGCUACCCACCUUGAGUCCUUUUUGACAGAUGGAAGUCGGGCUUCUCAGCUGUUGGCUUUGGGUGCGAGCGAUUCACCUUUUCGGGCUUUGACCGAUUUUCAGAGGGCUUCCUUAGCCGAAGAAAUCCUCCUCACUGAUAAGGCUGGCUGGAACUACUUGAAGGCAUUUCCGGUCUCGAGACAGAAGAGAAAGAGGAUGUUGGCGGCCAAAUGGAUCGUUCAUCUCUAUGCGGGAGCUGGGAAGGGAGCCGACCCUAUCCUCAAGGAGCUUGAUGAUGGCCGUGUCCUGAUUGAGGUGGAUAUAACCCGUUCCAAGGCCUUUGACAUGAACACGUUCGGAGGAGUGUAUCGCGGCUUGUUAUGGGCUGCAGCAACUGGCCGUGUGGCAGGAGUCAUUGGAGCGCCUCCUUGCCGACACUCAUCCGACACGGCAUUGGUGAUGAAGCAGCUGUGGUUGACGCUUGUGGCUAAGGCUGCGGCAAUUAGGCAGGGUGAGUUUCCAGUGUUUGCAGUGGUUGAGGGCCGCAAGCUCUUUGAGACCAUCAAGGGUGGCUUUGGUCAAGGCUGGGAAGUUCUUCGGGAAGCUUGGCCUUUGAUAUUGGAGGAGAUGUGUUUGGAAGAAGUAGCUGGGGUCAUAGCUACCAACCUUGACUUCAUCCUUCCUUUGGAAUGUACUACUUCCACGGGUAUAACAUGGAGCUCCUCCUUUAAGACGACGAUUGUGGAUGCGGUACGGCGGUGGAGAAGGGAGCCUGAGGCGCUUCAGGUUGUCAAGUGGGCCAAGAAGCUUGAUGUCAAGGGUUUCCUGGAGGGUUUCUCCGAGAAGGAACUUAGAAUGUGGCGCACCCACGUGAGGAACAAUCAUACUCCAUACAACAGGAGAUGCCGUACCUGCGUUGCAAGCUCCGGAGUUGGGCGCAUGCACAGACGCAUCAAGCAUCCAAGUGCACAUUGCCUCAGCCUUGACAUAGCAGGUCCCUACCGCAACAAAGCGGCGGACCCAGACCACCGUGACUAUCACUACAUGCUGAUCGGUGCGUACACCUACCCCAGGCUGGAGAAGACUGAGGGGAAGAGUAGACGUACAAAAAACGAGCCAAGGGCUGCUUUGGGUUCUCAUGGUGACCAACAUCCUCCAGAUGAUUGCUUAGAGUAUGCCCCCUCAGGUGAUGAAGCCGCAGCGCCUCUGAAGUGUGAUGGCGGGGUUUGUGGUGAUUCCUCGGAUGUUGGUCCUGUGUUGGCUGAGGAGGAGGAUGACAUUUUCGUUGAGGAUGUAGAGGAAAUCCGCUCUGUCGGUGAAGAGGAUGAUUUAAAGGGCCUGACUCAGGAGGAGUUUGAGAAAAUCUUCCAUGAAGUUGGUGAGGAGUUCGACAUGGACACCUUCUACAUCUCCCGCCCUUUGAGGUCAAGAACGUCUGCCGAAGUACACGCUGCUGUGCAAGAGGUGUUCUUAACUCUUCGUGCUGAAGGGCUACACAUCGCAAGGGUACAUGCGGACCGGGCGCGGGAGCUCAGAACCACUCCUCUCCGUAGAUGGCUUUUACAGCGUGGUACGGUGUCAACGUACACAGAGGGACAGUCCCCUCAGGCCAAUGGAAGAGCUGAAAAUGCUGUCAAGUGGGUGAAGGCUCAGACCAAGAAGCUGCUUACAGCGACCUCCCUUCCAAAGUCGUGCUGGGCGAUGGCUUCUGUGUAUGCAACUUGGGCAAGAAGAGAAUCGCAGCUUGGUCGUGGGCAGGAUAUACUACCUUUUGGGACACCUGUGCAUGUCCGCUCGAAAGUGUACGGCGCAGGAGGCCGUCAUGAUCUUGAUCUGAGAUGGCGAGCUGGGAUAUAUGUGGGGCCCAGUUUGGAUGUUCGAGGUGGGCAUGUGGUGCGCUUUGAGGACGGACAGUUCAUGACCUCUGCACAUUUGCGUCCUCAUCUAGUUGACUCUGACAACCUUGUUGAUUUGGGCAAGUACGAGGCCAUUGUGGUACCCCCAACAAGGAGAGUACGGGAAAAAUCUUCCAUGGAAGGUGCUGCAGGCGCGGAUCCCAUGGAUAUAGAUGUUGGAGAGCACGACCCCGAGCAUGCGGCAGAACAGUAUGCCUUUGGACUUCUUAAAGAGGAGCGCCUGGAGCCAGACCAGUUGGAGAUGCUGACCUACUUGCUUCCGGCAACUACGGCUGCGCCAAGGCGUUUUGGAGCUCGGGAUGGACAGAAGGUUUGGGCAUCAGGAGCUUUCAUUCAUGGUCCUUUUGCAGGCCUGAAGAAGGCCACUAUAGCCUUCCCUUUCGCCACCAAGGUCCUGGCUAAGUAUGUUCGACAAAUCGCUCCCAAGCAUGAGUUCAACUCUUUGGUGGUGAACAUCAAUGUGGAGGCCAAGGGCCACAAGGACAUCCAUAAUGUGGGUACAAAUAUGAUAGCGGCCUUGUCGUCCUUCAAGGAAGGUGGUUUGGAGGUUGAUGCCCCUGGUGGUGUGGAAGUUUUGGAUGUGGGUGGCAAUCGUGUGGUGUUACUGGCUUACUCCGUCCGGGACAGUGCCAAGAUGAGUGCAGGAGACUUAGACUUGGUGCUACGUGACCUUGAAGAUCGGGUGUCCAGGCUGCGUACUCUGCUUGAAGAAGAGGAAAUCCUUCAGGAGGAGUAUCGUCGAGUUGGGGGCGAGACUCGGGAGCAUUUGCAGGAUGCACGUGGCCAGGUAAGUCAGUACUUGGAGGAGGUUGAUUAUGAGGAGUUGUUGAGCUUGUUGGAGGAAGAUCUUCAAGUUGUUCAUACCGUUCCACUUCAGCAAGUACGAGCGGUCCUGGACAAGUGGACAGAUGCCAUCCGGAAGGAGGUGGAGAAUCUUCUGGCCACCGGCGCCGCGCGGGCUGUCACAGCAUCGGAGAUUCGCCAGAUGGAGCGUGCUGGACUGGUGGUGAUGGCUCCUUCCAAGUGCGUGUUCACCUUGAAGCCUCCAUCGCAGCGCGAGCAGCGCUACAAAAGAAAGUGUCGUUUGGUGAUUUGUGGGAACUUUGUGGAGAGCCAAGGGGUCGACUUGUACGCAGCAGGUAUCGGCACGGAUGGCUUGAGAACGGCCUUGGUGUUGGCCGCGGUCCACAAAUGGGCAGCAGCAACCUCCGACAUUACCGGAGCCUUCCUUCUUGCCCCUUGGCCAUCCCAUCUUCCGAGAUACGGAGUUUUUCCUCCUCGUGUAGUUCGGGAAGCUGGCAUUGUUGGAGCUGAGGCGUGGCUUAUUGAGCGGCCAUUGUACGGACUUAGGGAGAGUCCUGCCAUCUGGUCCUCUUACAGGGACUCUCGUCUCAAGAAGGCCAGAAUCCACGUAGGCGCCUUGGUCUUGGUUCUGGUCCAGACAGUAGCUGAGACUGAGCUUUGGCUGGUCAAGGACGAGGUCACUGAUGUGCUUGUCGGCCUCCUGGUGACGUAUGUGGAUGAUAUCCUGUACUUCGGAGAGCAGGCUGUGGUCUUGGCGUUGCAUGCGUUUGUGGAGGAGGAGUGGCCAGCGAGUUCCUUGGAGUGGAUCAAUCCUACGGUUCCAGUUAGGUACCUCGGUGUGGAGGUCUUGUGGGACAUGAGCAGCAGCAGCUUUAGCAUCAGCCAAACAGCAUACAUCCUAGAUUUACUGCGCGCACAUACCAUGCAAGAUGCACACAGCACACUCUUGCCUGUGCCGCGUGAAUGGGUUGAAGCUGUGGAAAAUGAUCCAGAUGCCUUGGAGGGUGACUUUGAUGAGUCGACUCUUCGGACAGCUCAGAAGGCAGUUGGGGAGGCUCUUUGGCUGGCAACAAAGUCGCGUCCUGACAUUCUUUUCGUGGUGAACCACAUGGCCACGUAUGUUUCGAGGCAGCCAUCACAUGUGAUAAGGGUGGGCCAGAGACUUCUGGCUUACCUGUCAGGAACGUCGGAUAUGCGAUUGCUGUUAGGUCCAAGAGGCGAGGUCCAAGAUGAGAUCGUUUGCUUUACGGACGCGUCUUACGCGCCGUUUGGACGCAUUUCGUUUGGUGCCGCGGUUGUGACCCUUGCUGGAGCACCCAUAGCCUGGAGAGCAUCUAGACAAAGCUUCAUUACGUUGUCCGUGAUGGAGGCGGAGCUGUAUGCUGCAACUCAAGGAUGCUUGCUGAUGGAGGCUGUGAGUGCGGUUUUGGAAGAAAUCAUUCCUGGCUUCUAUCGUAAGGUGCUGGCUAUAGACAACUCAAGUGCUGCUUCCAUGUGUGCUGGCGGGGCAGGCAGUCAACGAACAAGGCAUCUGAAGAUCAGAGCCAAUUACAUCCGCGAGGCCACACAAGCAGGCACCCUUAGUGUAAGGCACACUCCCGGUGAGUACCAGCUUGCUGAUCUAGCAACAAAGUUGCAGCCGAAGUUGCGACUGUGGCGAUUGCUGACACUGUGGGGCUUUGUUGGAGAGAAGCUGUCUGCCAUGGUGAAGACCCUGAAGAUCCAGUUGAUGUCCGUUGUGCUUUUGCUGAGCUCAUUGGUUGUUCCUGUGGAAGGUGCCAACACGAGCCUUGUCAAGGAGCCUUUGGCGAAGACUGGCUGGGAAGAGCUGUGUUUUUUGUUGGUCGUGACGUGCGUGGCUGUGAUUGGUGUUUGGGAAGCAAGCAAGGCCAUGUUUCGAUCUUACAAGAGAUGGGUAAGGGGGAAUCGUAAGAGUAAGAAGCUGCGUAGGGUCUCUGACUUGGCCGCUGAUGCUGCCCGUAGGGAGGUUGCUUCGCAAGCUGGGAUGAGUCUUGUUUCCGAAAGAGCAUCAGACCUCCGAUUCCCAUCCUCUGCGGCGUCUUCGAGCAGAAGUAGGACUGCAGAGGAGCCUUUUCUUCGUAGAAGGCCGACUGGAUCAACAGCAGAAGCAUCGCCUUUGCGUUCAGUAGGCUCAGUAGCACCGUCAACUCCGCCAAGAAGGAGGGAUCAAGAAGAAACCGAGCCCAUACCUUCGCCUGGAGCGCAAAGCUCAGUGUCCGCUGGCUUGGAAAAUUUACAGGAAAGAUCCCGUGUGGUCAAGGAUGUCCUCAAGCUUCUCACUUGUGAAGAACUUCGUGCCGCUUUGAGAGGCCAGGGCUUUGUGACUUCCGGGCUAAAGGAAGAUCUGAUAGAAAGGCUGGCAGUUGUGUUUUCUCCUUCAUAUGAGAGGGCUGAUUUGCCAACUCUUCGUCAGUUGAAGUAUGUGCUGUGGCUAUGGCGUGAGAAGAAUCUCCGUCAUAGGUGUCUGCUAAGAUGGACAGACAUCUUCACGAAGACAGCUGUGUCACAGUGGUUGUUUAAGUGGAAGGACGUUCCCAGUGUUUAA